UUCAAAUAUAGAAUAAAAAAGAGCUGUAAGAUUUAUGAAUGAUAAGCCUAAUUCACUCAGUUCAUGUGAUCACUCAAACUACUCCGUCCCUUUCACCUUAUCAUCCCAAAAAUUCGAACUUUAAAUUGCAUUUAGACAUCCAUCAGCUGUUGAGAGACAGAGAGAGAUGGGCUCUUCUUCUUCAGUCCCAGAAAAAUCCACACACGAAUUCACUGUCAAGAACAGCAAAGGUAAUGAUAUCAACUUGAGUAGCUAUAAAGGGAAAGUCUUGCUCGUUGUUAAUGUUGCUUCCAAAUGUGGGUUCACGAAUUCGAAUUAUACCCAAUUGACUGAGCUUCACUCGAAAUACAAGGAUAAAGGUUUCGAGAUAUUGGCAUUCCCGUGCAACCAGUUCUUGUAUCAAGAACCCGGAACAAGCCAAGAUGCAGAACAAUUUGCUUGCUCCAGAUUCAAAGCUGAGUAUCCCAUUUUCCAGAAGGUGAAAGUGAAUGGGCCGGCCUAAUGCAGCACCCAAAUCAAAUGGAACUUCACUAAGUUUCUAGUUGACAAAGAUGGGAUUGCAAUCAAGCGUUCCAUUGGCAAUCGAGGGUGAUGUAAAGAAAGCCUUAGGAGAAAGUUGAAAGAGGAAGUGCUAACUCAAAGAUGCAGCAAACUAGGUAGAUAUGUAUUUAUCAACUUUUAAUCUCUAUUGUAUUUGAUCAACUUUAUGUACCAAUAAACC